CGAGCGGAAGAGACGCUUGCUGGACACAUUGCAUCACCAUCAUAACUUAAUAAGACAAUAGCAGGACCGAACAAACAGACUGACACCGUGUUUAAUAAAUAUAUCCACUUCAAUUGCUUCCCUUCUACUUCCACCCAGUUUUCCACAGCAGUGAAAAAGCUCGUCCCUUUCCGUAGUCUCUUUCUCAUAAAUACUGCACCAACUCGACCAAUCCUCACGAAUACCAUUCCGUCUUCUUCCUCAUCUCAAUCCUUCGUCUUCCCAGCCAAUUGCUAGCUGGAUUCUUACCCGAACCAUUUCUGGAGUUCCCAGUUCCCAUCAUAAUGAAUGGCAGGAACAGUCUUCCUUUCUUCUUUGCCGUUCUUCAUUUCGGAGUCUUGAUAAAGCUCUCUCUCUGUCUCUCCCCGGAUGGCCUGUCGUUGCUCUCUCUUAAAUCUGCCGUGGAUCAGCCGUCGGGCGGCUAUGAAGCUUUCUCCGACUGGAACGAGAACGACACUACGCCGUGCCGUUGGACCGGCAUUUCCUGCAUGAAUGUCUCGGGGUUCAGCGAUCCACGCGUCGUUGGGAUUUCCAUCGUAGGGAGGAAUCUGAGGGGGUAUAUACCGUCUGAGCUCGGUUCCCUGGCCUAUCUCCGGCGACUCAACCUCCACAACAAUAACUUCUACGGCUCCUUACCUUCCCAGCUCUUCAACGCCACCUCGCUGUACAGUAUCUUCCUUUACGGUAACAAUCUCUCCGGUUCCCUUCCACCGUCUAUCUGCAACCUCUCCGGGCUCCAAAACCUCGAUCUUUCAAAUAAUUCCCUCUCCGGACCAAUCCCCAAUGAUCUAAAGAAUUGCAAGCAGUUGCAGCGGAUGAUUCUCGCGAGGAAUAAGUUCUCUGGAGAGAUUCCGACGGGAAUUUGGACGGAAAUGCAGUACCUGGUCCAAAUCGAUCUCUCGGAGAACGAUCUCAACGGAUCGAUUCCGGAAGAUAUCGGCAAUCUUAGCUCUCUCUCCGGCACGCUGAAUCUCUCGGUCAAUCAUCUGUCGGGCAAACUCCCAGAAUCGCUUGGGAAUUUAGCUGUGACAGUGAGUUUCGAUCUCCGAAACAAUAAUUUCAGUGGCGAAAUACCUCAAACGGGGUCGUUCGCGAACCAGGGACCCACCGCGUUCCUCAUGAAUCCUCUGCUCUGUGGGUUUCCUCUGCAAAAAACGUGUCCCGAUUCCGAGGCUGAGAGUCCAAAAUCGGCCCCGAAAGCUGAAAAUAGAACAAGAAAAGGUCUAAGACCCGAUUUGAUCAUACUGGUAUCCUUAGCUGACGCAGCUGGAGUUGCAGUCCUCGGCGUAGUAAUUGUUUUCGUAUACUGGAAAAAGAAAGGCAACUCAAAUGGUUGUAGCUGCACAGGGAAAAGAAAACUCGGAGGAAACCAGAAAACGCGGUUAUGUGCUUGUACUUGCGUGUGUGCCAAAGGCUUCAAAGACGAGGAUUCUGAAAUGGAGGACGGAGAGAAAGUAGAGGGAGGGGAAGGAGGAGAGCUGGUAGCGAUUGACAAAAGGUUCACGUUCGAGCUAGACGAGCUGUUGAGGGCGUCGGCGUACGUGCUCGGGAAGAGCGGGUUUGGGAUAGUAUACAAGGUGGUGCUGGGGAAUGGGAUCCCAGUGGCGGUGCGGAGGCUGGGAGAGGGAGGCGACCAGCAGAGGUACAAGGAGUUUGUGGCGGAGGUACAGACCAUUGGGAAAAUCAAGCACCCCAACAUUGUGAGGUUGAGAGCUUAUUAUUGGGCUCCCGACGAGAAGCUUCUGAUAAGCGAUUUCAUCUCCAAUGGCAACCUGGCUUCUGCUCUUCGCGGGAGAAAUGGUAAGCCUUCAACGAGCCUGUCAUGGUCUACCAGGCUGAAGAUUGCAAAGGGAGCAGCCCGGGGCUUGGCCUACCUCCAUGAAUGCAGUCCAAGAAAGUUUGUGCAUGGUGACAUCAAACCAUCUAACAUCCUCCUCGACAACGAAUUCCAAUCCUACAUUUCUGAUUUUGGCCUCAACCGAUUGAUCAGCGUCGCCGGCAUCAACAAUCCCUCUUCAUCGGGUGGCUUCAUCGGCGGUGCUCUGCCUUACCAGAAGUCCGUCCAAACCGAGCGUGUCCACAGCUACAGAGCCCCCGAGGCACGCAUCCCCGGCAACAGACCCACCCAGAAAUGGGACGUGUAUUCUUUUGGAGUUGUGCUGCUAGAACUACUUACCGGGAAGCCGUCAGAGAUUUCUCCUACCACUUCGACUUCAGUGGAAGUCCCAGAUUUGGUGAGGUUGUCGAGGAAGGGAUUCGAAGAAGGAAAGCCACUCUCUGACAUUGUAGACCCAAUGUUGCUGCAAGCAGUUCAUGCCACUAAAGAGGUGCUUGCACUGUUCCAUGUGGCGCACGCUUGCACAGAGGCAGACCCCGAGGUUCGGCCUCGAAUGAAAAAUGUGUCGGAAAAUAUUGGCAGGAUCGGAACGUGAAGCAAGUGAUCUAGACCUUAUCAAUGCCCAUUGACUCAUUUCAUUGGUAUCAA